AUGUGGUGGGAAAUGGAUAGUGAAAACCAGAAGAUUAGCGAACAAGCGCUGAGUACGGCCGAUAUCUACAAAGGACUGUCGCUGCCGAAGCGCCUCGAGAGCCCUUACCAAUUUAGUGGAUACGGAUCGCAGAAAGAGGGACGUAAUCCCAUCUAUCGCACAUCGAACGCCGACUACGGAUACUACCCCCCCUGUCCGCAUACCGUUCCGCAUAAGUACUUCCCAAAAUCGCACAAAUUCACAGGACAUCUCUACCAGUGUGGAAUGUUUCGGAAUUAUUCACUCAACACUGCCGUUGAUCGCCCGUAUUGCAAAUAUAAUGAGUAA